UGACCUAUUCUAUCCUCUCUCUCUCUCUCUCUCUCUCUGAGGAUAAGAGCUGUAACAUGGAGAGCAGCAGAAUACUGGAGUUCUUGAAGGACAAGAGCAUUCUGAUCACUGGAUCCACUGGCUUCUUGGCAAAAAUAUUCGUGGAGAAGGUGCUGAGGGUUCAACCGGAGGUUAAGAGGCUCUUCCUCCUCGUCAGAGCCGCCGAUGCCGCAUCUGCCAACCAGCGUGUGCAAACUGAGAUACUAGGAAAGGACCUGUUCAAGGUUCUAAGAGACAAACAUGGUGAUGGAUUCCAUCCAUUUGUAGCAAGCAAGGUGUUCCCCGUGGCUGGAGACAUCGUCCGGGAAGAUUUAGGUAUCCAAGACUCCAAUCUCAGAGAGAAGUUGUGGAAGGAAGUGGGGAUCGUCGUCAAUGUAGCAGCGACCACCAGCUUCGACGACAGAUACGAUGUGUCUUUGGGCAUCAAUGCUCUCGGAGCUAAGCAUAUCUUGGAGUUUGCGAGGCGAUGCGUAAGACUGGAAAUGCUCCUCCAUGUUUCUACCGCUUAUGUAGCUGGCGAGCAGAGUGGGCUGAUCUUGGAGAAGAAGUUUCUCAUGGGAGAGACUCUCAAGGGGGGCUCCUACUUGGACAUCGAAGCAGAACUAAGGUUGGUGGACAAGAAGAAGAGGGAGCUCCGUGCAGAGUAUGCGACCGAAGAGGUCGAAAAGCUAGCCAUGAAGCGACUGGGGAUGAAGAGAGCUAGGUAUUUUGGCUGGCCAAACACCUACGUUUGCACCAAAGCAAUGGGUGAAAUGCUGCUCGGACACUUACGAGGAGAUCUGCCUCUGGUAAUCUUGCGCCCGACGAUCAUCACGAGCGUCCACAGAGACCCACUUCCUGGUUGGAUCGAAGGAACAAGGACGAUCGACAGCCUGAUCAUGGGGUACGUGAAGGGGAAGAUCGCAUGCUUGUUUGGAGAUCUCGACAUCGUCGCGGAUGUGGUACCCGGGGACAUGGUGGUGAACGCGAUGAUGGUGACCAUGGCGGCUCACUCGAAUCAGCGGUCGGAGUUCAUCUACCACAUGAGCUCCUCCGUGAGAAAUCCAAUGACGUACUCCAUUCUGGAGCAGAGCGCGUAUCGUUACUUCCUCGAGAACCCUCGCGUGGGGAAGGACGGAAGAAUCAUCAAGACGAGAAGGGUUCCUGUCAUCAGAAACAUGACCAGAUUCCGUAUCUACAUGACCCUGAGACACAAGCUGCCACUGGGGGUAUUGCACCUCAUCAAUCUGCUAUCCUGUGGACGAUUUGCUCGCGGAUACAAUGAACUCAACCGGAAGUACAAGUUCGUGAUGCAUCUCGUUGACCUUUACGAACCCUAUGCCUUCUUCAGAGGAUACUUUGACGACCUAAACAUGGAGAGGUUGAGGAUGGCAAUGAAGAAGGACGACGCUGAGGCCUGGAUGUUCGAUUUUGAUCCCAAGCACGUCGAUUGGGAGGACUACUUCUAUCGCAUUCAUGUCCCAGGCGUCCUUAAAUAUGCAUUCAAAUGAACCAUGGAAGGGAUCUUGUGCACUUGGUCAGUUCUACUACUUCUUCCAUCUCUUCUCAUUUAUUGACGCCACAGAAAUAUUUAUGUUGUUCCAGAGACGAACCAUAGCUAGGAUGCUUCCCUUACAUCUUCUGGUGUUCGGACGUAUUCUGU